AGCGAGCUUUUUCUUUUCGCAUUCGCGCAUAGGCUCCAUCGUCGAUCUGUGGGCUCGGCCAGGGUUUAUUCGCGUACCGUCAUCCGAUUCGAGCGGACCGAGUUUCUUGUCGUGGUAGUCAGUCAGUCAAAGUAUACCGCGGUUGCUUCCGGAACAGGUUGAGUGAGUGAGAGAGAGAGCGGUAGAAAUUUGGCGAACCGAUCGAUGAUCGAUGGAUUGGGUUCUGUGUAAGGCUGCCCCCGAAAAGUGAUUGUGAAUUAGCCGAAUGCAGAAAGCAGGUGGAGUGGAGAAACCAAUUUCGAUCCCAAGUGCCGCUUGGUCGAAGUGAUCGUGUGUGUGGGUUUGGCUUGGGGUGGGUUUGUGCGGAGGAUAACCAGAGGAGAAAAUGAAAUGAUAAUCAAAUUGUUGUUACGAUAUGUUCGGUGAUUGGUGAAAUGCGCGGUGUGGCAAGAGGUAAUUGAUGAGAACCGAUCAAAUCGGAAACGACGGUGAAAGAAUUAUGCAACGGAAAAAAUAACAUGUGAUACAACAAAGUGCGAAAGGAAAGUUUAACAAUUAAGUGCAAUAAGAGAGUACCAAAAAUUUACCCAACGGAUAGCAAGAUGAGCCUAUUGGCGAGGAUAACACAGCUGCUGCUGUUUCUGCUGUUCUUCAACACGGGCCCAGGAAAAGCCUGCAAACUCUACUCGAAGAGCAACCUGCGCACGAAAGCCGACGGUGUCCAGUUUCUGCGGCUGAAGGAGGACUUCCCGGUGGGCGGCGAAAUCGUAUCGCUGUAUGCCUUUCCCCGCAACUCAAUCCUGAUCGCCCGGACGGAGAACUCGAGUGACUCGGAGUACUUCAAGCUGAAGGAGGUCAACAACACCGUGGUCAGCGUGAUCCUCAACCGGAGCCUGGACCAGCUGGUGGACAACGAGAAUCCGCAGAGUAUACUGAAGUUUAGCGUGUUCUGCAGCGGAACAUCGACGGCGGUUAAGCAGGACAAUCAGUCGUCAUUUUUCACAAUUACUGUUUACAUUGAAGAUAUUAAUGAUAAUGAUCCCGAAUUUAUCAAUCUACCGUAUGCGCUGACGGUGGACGAAUCAACGCCAAUUGAGACGGCGGUGUUUAAUAGAAUUAAGGCAAUUGACCGUGAUAAGCCAAACACGCCGAAUUCCGACAUCGAGUACGCGAUCGCACCGAAGCAGCUCAAGAGCGGCGACUUCCCGUUUCGUCUGGAGAGCGCCCAGAAGCCGAAGCUGAUCUUGCAGCGUCCGCUCGAUUACGACGCCGGCCUGCACUCGAUGAGUGUGCUCGUGAUCGCGACCGACCGUGGGAACCCGCCGCGCUCGGCCAACGCCACGGUCAGGGUGACAGUCCGGGACGUGGACGACCUGGCACCGAUCUUCACCCGGGCCAUCUACCGGACCAAGCUGCGGGAGUCGUUUCCGGUGACGGGCAAACCAGUACACGUGCCGAUCCCACUCGAUCCACCGAUUGGCGCGUUCGAUCAGGACUCGCUGAAUGCCACCCUGAUAUAUGGCAUUGUUGGGGGGAAUGAGCGGAAAGUUUUCUGGAUGUCACCCGAUACGGGAAUGCUUUUCCUGCAAAAGGAAAUUGAUCUGGAGGCAGAAACUUUACCGGAUAACACUAUGGUGUUGCAGAUCGAGGCGAAACAGGCAAACGAUCAGUCGAAAAGUGCGCUGGCGAGAGUCGAGAUCGAGAUCGUCGACGUGAACGACAAUCUGCCAGAGUUCGAGGUGGAUCUGUACAACAUUUCGAUCAUAGAAAAUCUACCGAAGGGUUUCAGUAUUCUGCAGGUGAACGCCAUCGAUCGGGAUCAAGGUGAAAAUGCCGAGUUUUACUAUUACCUGGCGUCGGAAGAGCCCAAGGGGGCGUUCGUAAUCGAUCACGUGUCGGGCUGGAUUGUGGUCAAGGAUGAAACCUAUCUGGACAAGGAAACUCGCAGCUCGCUGCACAUGGCUGUGAAUGCGAUGGAGCGAAUCGAGCAAGCCGAUCGAAACCGGAACUAUGGGACGGUUCAGGUGGAGAUCACAUUGCUUGAUACCAAUGACAAUACGCCGGAGUUCGAGAAGGGGACGCUGUAUGAGUUCAAGGCGAACUGUAGUGCGGCGAUUGGGAGCAAGAUCGGUGCCGUGAAAGCGAAUGAUCCGGACGAUAUGGGCAAUGGUCAAGUUCAGUAUAGUAUAAAGAAUGUUCGACCAAAUUUGGCGAUACCGUUCAAGUUGGAUCCGGACACGGGCGACCUCCUGGUAGCGGAAGCACUGACAUAUGGCAAGAUCGCGUUUUUCGUGGAAGCUCGCGAUCAACCGUUGAACCCUUCCGAAUCAAGGUUCAACGUGGCGCUCGUAACAAUCGACAUCGUUUGCCAAUCGAUCGAGCAAAUUGAAUUUAUUGGGGCUCCCUAUGAAUUUUGGGUUGGGGCUGAUGCCGCAGUCGGUUCCUCCGUUGGCCAGAUUCGAACAACAUUCGAUUCCAACGCAGAGGAGGAAAUAUUUUUCGAUUUACUUCACUCAUACCCGGAAGGGGUACCGUUUGCAAUCGAGGAAAGAUCGGGAAUCGUGACCGUCAUCGAAGCGCUCGAUAAAUUCGAUCGACGCUGUUACGAAUUUGAAACGGUUGUGUCCUAUCUACCAAAUGCCCAGGGGAAAGCUGUUGAUCAAUUGACACCAGAGGCCUAUAACAACCUAGAGAAAAUCAUCGUAACGAACGUAACGAUACAUGUCAUCAAGAACAACUUUAUGCUGCUUCGAGGCACCAAUUCAACGCCCAUCGAAUUCAGAAUCAAAGAAAACCAACCAAAUUCCAUUAUCGGACAACUUCAAUUUCAGGGUUUCCAAGAGCAAUGCGAAGCCGACGAGAAGGGUCCUCCAUCAUUGAUAUCGGUCCGUGGUGAUCGUCAAAUCUUCAACCUCAACGGUAAAAAUCGAACCCGAUACGGCAGAAGGAUCAUUCGCGAAGCCAGUGUCGAUUACGUUCAGCUCUACCCGUUGGUAUCAUUCGACGCAAUGUACACUACGAACGCAUCCCGUAAGGCACGCAGCUCAAAAUCCUCUCGGACGCCCACCAGUGGUGUCCAGUAUUCGCUCGUAAACAGCUAUGACCACGCGGACUUGAUCCACCUCACCAACGAUGGCAAGCUGAUGACCGUGAAAGGUCUCGAUCGCGAGAAACAGGACACACACAAGGUCACGAUCAUCGCGGAGUACUUCUUCAAGCACCGAACCUUCGCCGGCAUUUAUCAGGUGGUGAUCCUCGUCGAAGACGAAAACGAUAACCCACCCGCGUUCAACCAGCCCUUCUACCUGGGGGUGAUCGCGGAAAACUCUCCCAUCGGAACGGAGAUCGUCCUGAACAACCCGAUCAUUAUCACCGAUUCGGACGUGGGCGCCAACGCUGAAUACGAGCUGAACCUUUCCGGCGAGUCGGAUUCCUUCGCGGCUCAGUUCUCCAACGCUACGCUUUCCAACUACAACAAAACCGUUGCGCAUAUCUUCAAGAACCUCCAGAUCGCCAAUGUAAACCCCGCUGGUGAAGUGAUCAACCGACGGAUGGAUUUUCGGCCGAAGCCACUGGAGGGUGGCAAUGGAUCGACCCCACACUACAACAUCAUCUUCAUGGGACCGAAUAAACUUGACCGCGAGGAGAUCGAUAGCUUGAGUCUGAAAAUGAUGGCCACCGAUCGGGACAGUCUGACCUCGGAGGUGGAACUGCGGAUACUGAUUCUGGACGUGAACGAUAAUGCGCCGAUUUUUGAGAAGGUGGCUAUUUUUCGUCGGAGCAAAUGUGAGAUGGUUGAGAACCGGAGCGAUCUCGAGCUGUUGUACGUGGAUGAGCUGGAGGCGGAAAUGCCGUCCGAGUUCGCACAGCCACCAGAGCAGGAAAGCACUCGACUGGGUUAUGGCGUUGAAAGUUUGUUUGAGUUGGUGCAGUCGGCCGCGUAUGUUGGGAUGCCGAGAGUGCUGGACGGACAGCUGAUCAUGGAGAGCAGCAGCAGCAACCGGUCGACGAUGACGAUGAUAAGAAGGAAGCCAUUCUCUCCGAAGAGUCGACUGAGGGCGGGUGUUCGGAGUUCGCGGGAGUUCGGCAAGAAGUCAGGGUUGAAGUUCAGUUUGCCAGAGAAUGUGGAGGUGGGGAAGGUAAUUCUGAAGCUGACGGCGAACGACGAUGAUUUCGAUAAGAAUUCCAAAGUGUUCUACGAAGUUGUAGAUCAGGAAGAGUGGCCCUCUCGGAAUAGUAGUAACUAUUUCAAAAUCGAUCGCAACUCCGGUGAACUGAAAGCUACCGCACAGUUGCCUCCGGAAGCAGAGAUCAGGAUGAAUAUCUCUGCGAAGGACACGGGUGGAUUGGCGGAUGUCAUCAGUUUGGAGUUCAAAGUCUACGAUGUCAACGAUAACUCGCCCGUGUUUGAGAAGCAAUGGUACACAUUCAACGUUGAGGAGGGAAUCUAUUCGAGUAGUGGAAAGGAAAUAGGGCAAGUGACGGCAACGGAUGACGAUUUGGGAAUGAAUGGGAACGUUUCCUAUCUUCUGCUGGCGGGAGACGACCGGAAAGUCCCAUUUUUCGUGUCCCCAACGGAUGGAACGCUUUACGCUUCCGGUGAGAUCGAUCGCGAAAUGAUUUCCUCGUACCAAUUCAAGAUUCUUGCCUCGGACAACAACCUCGACCUGAAGCGCUCAGCAAUGGUCGACAUUGAAGUGAUCGUGCUCGACAAAAACGACAACAGUCCGGAGUUUACAGCAUAUGAUGAGCUGCGGUACGACGAUAACAAAAUUACUCGAACCCCCGUAUAUCUCGCGCACAUCAACGUCAACUCGAAGCCGGGAACGUUCGUGAAACAAGUGCAGGCCGCAGACAGUGAUUUUAAGGAGAACGGCAACGGUUUGAUCAUCUACUCUCUGACCGGACAAACCGAGCAGAUGCAGUUCGGCAUCGAUCCAAAGGAUGGCGUGAUCACCACAGCUUCAAAGUACACGCCACCGGCCACCAAGAAGAACUACCAACAUCUGAACGUAACGGUGGUAGCUUCCGAUUUCGGUACCCCGUCACGGUGGAGUACCGCGCUGCUGAUCAUCAACCUGCAGGGAGACCCCGAGCGGGUGAAUGGCUCCGAGGAAAAGAUUCCUCUCUUCCCGUACCGGUACUACGAAAUCGAACUACGGGAGAACGACUCCGCACCGAAAAUAGUGCUCAACGUGACGCUCAGCAAGAAGUACGCCAAAGAAGACGCAUUCCGGUGGGAAAUUGUCGACCGAGAUUUCGACGAACGGUUCAAGAUCGACGAAAAGAACGGAUCGCUCUGGCUGCUCCGUCCAUUGGAUCGGGAAGAGCGGGCGUCAUACGAGAUCAAGAUCCGGGUGGAGAAGCUGAAAAGUCGCGAAAGUCGGAACAUUCCGAGCGUGUUGUAUGCGUUGGAGAAUCCCGUCAAGAAGAAAUCCCAAAAGCUGAACGAUAACGAGGUGGAAAUCCACGUGAAGGUGAUAGACGUUAACGACAAUGCGCCGAUUUUCAAAGGAAACGACGGACCCAUCAUUGCGGUGGUUCCGGACCGGGCAAACUAUGGCUAUCCGGUGAUGAAAGUUGAGGCUUACGACGAGGACACCGGAAGUAAUGGAGAAGUCCGCUACUCGCUGCUAAAUGAACCGGCCCGGCUAUUCGACAUCGAUGCUAUGUCGGGUCAAAUUCGUCUGCUGAGUUCGCUGCUCACCUUCCAGGAUCGGGUCUUCGGGUUUGAUGUGAAGGCUACCGAUCGAGUGGGAGCCGACGAUGGCAAGUCAACGAUUGCAAAUGUUUUCGUUUAUGUGUUGAAUUCGAACCAGGAAGUGUGUCUGGUGCUUUCCGGGCCACCCGUUGAGAUCGAGAAGCAGCUGGGUAUGAUUACGGGCAGCUUGACGCUUGCCACCGGGUAUGACGUUCGCAUUCGGGCGCUGGAGAGCAACGAGAAGGUGGAUGACGCCACAAAUCUGUACCUUUAUGCCGUAGACAGAAAGUCCAACUCGUUGGUCGAAAUGGCUGAGCUGCAAAGAUCGCUCGCUUCGCUCGAUAUGUCAAAUUUAAAGCCGAAUUUGCCGAUCAUCGAGCUGUCGGACCUGUCCUCGAAUAUCCUCGAACCGCAUCCGUACGAUGCCGGAAUGAAGGGUAUCGAGCUGGCAACGGUAGUCGUCGGAGGGCUGAUAUUCGCUGGAGGAACUGCGACAGCGUUAUGUAUCGCAUGCGCUCGAUACAGGCGUUUGAUCCCACUGCCCAACAUUAGCGGCGGUGGUGGCGGUGGCUCGCAGGGCAUCCGGGCGACAAGCAUUCGUAACACCGCUUCCAACCUGGGCGUGAGUAGCGGCUGUAACACCACUGCUGCCAGCGCGAUCGGCCGAUCGAUAGCGACCCGGGUCGACAUCCAGCCGGUGAUCAACCGUGCCGACCUGAAGAACUCAAUCUUCCAUCCGAACUUCCACCGGCAGUUUGUGACGAGUAUAAACACCGAAGCGAACUCAGCUGCGGUGGCUGAGGUCAAUGAGGACAAUAAUAGUGAUAGCUACGAGGAUUCGUUGAAGGAUUCGCUGGCGUCCAAUACGAGUCUAUGACGAGAGCGGAAUGCUCCUCCCAGCGGGGGGAGCGAGACCCUCUGUCAUCCCCGCCACAGCCAACUGUACAGAAUAGCCCAUAGAACAAACCAAAAAAUGUAGCGAAUCGGUUUACUUAAGCGUUAAUCGUUAUCUAGUUUUUAAGGAACUGCGCGGAGUGUGAGAGUGAUACGAGUGAAAGGGAACGAAUGCUUUCGAAGUGCAAUUGAUGAAACCAGUGACAAAGAUAAGUUGUAAAUAAAAUCAGAUUUUAAUUGAAAACA